AUGGCCGUGACAAGACUGCACAGUUCCACGGGCUCGUUGUUCACUCCUUCCUCCUUCUUGCGCAUUGGGCAGCUGAGCAAUGUGGAUCUCAAUGAGGACGUCCGUGAGCUGGAGACGGAGCUCCCUCGGCAGCAUCCCAACGAGAUCCCCCACAAUGAGAAACUUCUGUCGCUCAAGUAUGAGAGCCUGGACUAUGACAACAGUGAAAACCAGCUGUUCCUGGAGGAGGAAAGGAGGAUAAACCACACGGCGUUCCGGACAGUGGAGAUCAAGCGCUGGGUCAUCUGUGCCAUGAUCGGCAUCCUCACCGGCCUUGUCGCCUGCUUCAUUGACAUUGUGGUAGAGAACCUGGCUGGGCUGAAGUACCGUGUGGUGAAGGACAACAUCGACAAGUUCACAGAGAAGGGGGGCCUGUCUUUCUCCCUGUUGCUCUGGGCGACCCUGAACGCCAGCGUCGUGAUGGUGGGCUCCGUUAUCGUUGCGUUCAUAGAGCCUGUAGCAGCCGGCAGUGGCAUUCCCCAGAUCAAGUGCUAUCUCAAUGGCGUGAAGAUCCCGCACGUUGUCCGGCUGAAGACCCUGGUGAUCAAAGUCUGCGGAGUGAUCCUCUCGGUGGUCGGAGGCCUGGCUGUUGGGAAGGAAGGACCUAUGAUUCAUUCAGGGGCGGUGAUCGCUGCUGGGAUCUCGCAGGGAAGAUCCACGUCCUUGAAGCGAGACUUCAAGAUCUUCGAGUACUUCCGUAGAGACACAGAAAAGAGGGACUUUGUCUCAGCUGGAGCUGCUGCUGGUGUCUCUGCUGCAUUUGGUGCUCCUGUGGGGGGUGUCCUCUUCAGCUUGGAGGAAGGGGCUUCCUUCUGGAACCAGUUCCUGACGUGGAGAAUUUUCUUUGCCUCCAUGAUCUCUACGUUCACUCUGAACUCUGUCCUGAGCGUGUACCAUGGCAAUGCUUGGGAUCUCUCCAGCCCUGGGCUCAUCAACUUUGGCAGGUUUGAUAAUGAGAAAAUGGGAUACACGAUCCAGGAAAUUCCAAUCUUCAUAUUUAUGGGAGUAGUUGGCGGGAUCCUCGGGGCCCUGUUCAAUGCCCUGAAUUACUGGUUAACGAUGUUUCGAAUCAGGUACAUCCACCGGCCCUGCCUCCAGGUGAUUGAGGCCAUGCUGGUCGCAGCGGUGACAGCGGCCGUGGGGUUCGUCAUGAUUUACUGCUCCAGGGACUGCCAGCCCAUCCAGGGGAGCACAGUAGCCUAUCCCCUGCAGCUUUUCUGUGCGGACGGAGAGUACAACUCCAUGGCCACCGCCUUCUUCAACACGCCCGAGAAGAGUGUCGUCAACCUCUUCCAUGAUCCCCCAGGUCUGUGUGUCCUUGGAUUCGGGCAGAGCGGGGCAGAGCUUGAGCGUGCCGGUCGGCCGGUUCCCUCUUUGCCGGCGGGACGAGGCGGGGGGGAAGAUCGGCGCAGCCCCGUGAGGGUGCGAUGGGAUCUGGCAAGGCGCUGUGCUGGGAGGGACAGGAAGCGAGUGGCCGUUUCUCGCGGUACGAGAACGAGUCGGGGUGCCCGCUGCGGGGCAGCAGGCUGGGCGCGCAGGGGGAGCGCCAGGAGGCACUGUUGCAGGACGUUGCGAAGGCUGCGAAGGGGUCCAAAAGCCAUCUGGGCCGACCCUGGGAAGUACGCCCUGAUGGGAGCCGCCGCGCAGCUGGGUGGGAUAGUGCGGAUGACGCUGAGUCUCACGGUCAUCAUGAUGGAGGCGACGGGCAACGUCACCUACGGCUUCCCCAUCAUGCUGGUGCUGAUGACGGCGAAGAUUGUGGGUGACUACUUCGUGGAGGGCCUCUACGACAUGCACAUCCAGCUGCAGAGCGUGCCCUUCCUGCAUUGGGAGGCCCCAGUAACGUCUCACUCCCUCACCGCCAGGGAGGUCAUGAGCACCCCCGUCACCUGCCUGCGGAGGAUUGAGCGGGUGGGCACAGUCGUGGACGUCCUCAGCGACACUUCCUCCAACCACAACGGUUUCCCCGUGGUGGAGAGCAACCCUGACGCCACACAGGUGGCAGGACUGCGGGGUUUGAUCCUGCGCUCCCAGCUCAUCGUUCUGCUGAAGCACAAGGUUUUUGUGGAAAGGGCCAACCUGAGCCUGGUGCAGCGGCGGGUGAAGCUGAAGGAUUUCCGGGACGCCUACCCACGCUUCCCUCCCAUCCAGUCGAUCCACGUCUCCCAGGACGAGCGCGAGUGCAUGAUGGACCUGAGCGAGUUCAUGAACCCCUCGCCCUACACGGUGCCCCAGGAGGCCUCGCUGCCGCGGGUGUUCAAGCUGUUCCGGGCCCUGGGCCUGCGGCACUUGGUGGUGGUGGACAAUCGCAACGAGGUGGUGGGCAUGGUCACCCGCAAGGAUCUUGCCAGGUACAGGCUGGGGAAGGAAGGACUGGAGGAGCUCUCCCUGGCGCAGACGUGACGUGGGGUGCUGCUGUCCAGCAGAGCGUCGCGCUGGUCCCCAGCACUCCGGCUGCUCUGAGACCAGGACCCUUAUUUUGCUGGAGGCAAGGAGAGGACUGGGCCGGCCAGUGCAGGCAUCGCGGUGCCUGGAGCACCAGUGUGGCCCCCCUGCCCUGGCUCUCCUGUGCGUCGCCGUGUUCCUAUUUCUAAUGGCUUCUCUUCUCCGGGCCUUCUCUUUUCCCCUCCCUCUACUUCCCUGAGGGAUCAAAAUACACUGUUGGCUUUGUUAGCUCCUGCUGUAGGGCUGUGCCAGAAGUUGGGUCAAGGCUGGAGCGUGUCCUGGGGGAGCUGAAGAGCCCUGCUGAGCUGGCCACCAUCUCUCUGCCGCUGGCACCUUUCCUCCCGUGUUGGCUCUUCCAUCCAGCCCCCUCCAGCCAGGGCCCCGAGCCCUCCCCGAGCCCUUCCCUUGGGUGGCACCAGGCGCCUGCGUGGAAGCAGGAGAGGUGGGGAGAGCCCCGUUCCCCCUCCGCCUCGAGCAGAGGGCUGCGCCCUGCUCUGCUGUGCAAUAAAAGGGCUCGCGUGGUCCAGCCGCUGCCGCCUCUGCUCUUUCUUGGUGCCCUCGGCCACCCUGCCCCAG